CUCAUUUGGAGUUUGGUCUUGUACAGCAGAGUUUCGGAUCAUUCAUCCUCCCAUCCUCCCGUUGCCGUCUACUGCUACCACUGUGGCCAACAUCCACCAGUGUCCCAAACAGGACGGCCCUGCAGCGACUAUUGACGUCGCCCAUUACCACUGGUUUCCCAUGUCUUGCCCUCUCCUCCACCACUCUCCACCACUCUCCACCACCAUCAUAAACCCCAUCUCCAUCCGUUAGCCUCCCAGCAGCCAUCGUCAUGGCGCCCAUACCCCCCAUCCCCAACCGCCCCUCCUUCACCCGCAAAGUCGCUGCGCGAGUAUCCAGCCUAAUCGCCAAAUUCGAAGCCCUAUCAUCCACACCCGCAACCCGCAAAUCUCCGCUGCCGCGGAAACGGACCAUUGCCAGUAUCGUCACGCCAGGGGCCAGCACGCUCCCCCGCUCCCAAAUCCGGCGGUCGAUCCGGAAGACGUUUGCACGCUGGGAGGUCCAGGAUGUGGAGCGGCCGGUAGUCAAGAUCACGCCCCCGCCCAAGCGGAUCAUCAGGAAAGGGAAGGCGCGGAUGGUGGCCGGCAGGAGGAGGGUCAGCUUGCCGGAGCAGAAGAGGACGGUGCUGGCGGCUGCUGCUGCUGCCAGGAGGGUCGUCAGUGAGGAACUUGACGGGCCCGUGCCGAUGUCGGUCCCGCUGGAAUCUGUGUCUACGUCUGAUACGUCGGCGUCUGAGGCUACGUCUGAGGCUCUGGCUCCGCCCGUGGCGAAGAUUGUUCCCUCGUCAUUUUUUAGGCAGUUAGUCGUCGAGGAGGCGCCCCCACAGCAGAGGACGGGGGUGUUCACUGAUAGUGAGGAUGAGGCGUUGCUGGUUGUUCAGGAGAUGGUCAAGGUCGAUUCGAGGAAGUUUAGGAUUCGGAGGCAGGGGACUACGGGUAGUCUGUGGAAGAGACGGAUCACGCCGCCGAAGAUUUCGGUCAGAGAUUUGGUUUCGAGGUUUAGAGUGGGGGAGGCGAAGGAGCCCGCGGGUGAUGUGGCUGGUGGGGAUGAGGAGGAUGCGCAGGAGAGCGAGACGGAAUCGGAUGAGGAGAACCCAAGUGAGGUGGUUCAUGAGGAUCGGUCUUUGGAGACCGAGGAGAGUAGUUCGGACUCAGAGGCACCUGUUGCACCACAUCCCCCGCUUGCGGCGUCGCAAGAGAUAUCUCAUGUUGUUGUGCAUGGCGAUCUGGUCAUGCCGGAAACUUCUCCAGCCACUCACAUACGGAUAAUCGGCGGCGACAGUAUCAACAAGCCCUUCAUCGCGCUCACGAGACUGGACACACCUCCCCUCCCCUCCUCCAAGAAAUAUCGCAAGACACCACCACCUCUAAGUUUCUUCCGAGCCAAAGCUAGACGUUCCCAAUACAGUAUUGCCCCAUCAGUGGGCAGUAACACGGGUGAAUCCGAGUCUUCCUCGGUCCGGACAGGGACAACAACCGGUUCUACUACCUCAAGUGGCAGCUGCUAUCUCAGCAGUAGCUAUUCUAGCUCGAAAAUGAGCUUUCGAGGUGGAAUCACCAUCUGUGCAGGACUACCGGCGGCAUCGAUCAUCACCCCCGUGCCUGUCAACGCUGUGGCAAAUUCGGCGAUUCUCGCGAUGGUUAGUCGUGUUAAUGAACUGGGGGGAUUCAAGCUCUAGCAGAGCGUGUAUUGUCGGAGAGAAUUGAAGAAGUAUAGAUACGUUUGAGUGAGUCAAGUGAGCUGUAUAGGAGUUAAUUUGUAGGCGGGUUAGAGUUCGUUAGAGUUGGUUACAUUGGCUGGUAAGAGGCAUUUGGUAUUGGAAUUACGCGCGAAUAGCUCCUGUGGUGGAAGGGUCAGAGUCAGUGCUUGUUAUUGCUUUUCUCGUUGGAU